GCCCUGGCUUCUCUGAUGACCUACAAGUGUGCUGUGGUUGAUGUGCCAUUUGGGGGUGCCAAGGCUGGUGUUAAGAUCAAUCCCAAGAACUAUACUGAUAAUGAAUUAGAAAAGAUCACAAGGAGGUUUACGAUGGAGCUGGCAAAGAAGGGCUUUAUUGGUCCUGGCAUCGAUGUGCCUGCCCCAGACAUGAGCACGGGCGAGCGGGAGAUGUCCUGGAUUGCUGAUACCUAUGCCAGCACCAUCGGGCACUAUGAUAUUAAUGCCCAUGCCUGUGUUACUGGUAAGCCCAUCAGUCAGGGUGGAAUCCAUGGACGGAUCUCUGCUACUGGCCGGGGAGUUUUCCAUGGAAUUGAAAACUUCAUCAAUGAAGCUUCUUACAUGAGUAUUUUAGGAAUGACACCAGGGUUUGGAGACAAAACGUUUGUUGUUCAGGGAUUUGGGAAUGUGGGCCUGCACUCUAUGAGAUAUUUACAUCGUUUCGGUGCUAAAUGUAUUGGUGUUGGUGAAUCUGAUGGGAGCAUAUGGAAUCCAGAUGGUAUUGACCCAAAGGAACUGGAAGACUUCAAAUUGCAACAUGGAUCAAUCCUGGGCUUCCCCAAGGCAAAACCCUAUGAAGGGAGCAUCUUGGAGGCUGACUGUGACAUACUGAUCCCUGCUGCCAGCGAGAAGCAGCUGACCAAGUCCAAUGCACCCAGAGUCAAAGCCAAGAUCAUUGCUGAGGGUGCCAAUGGGCCGACAACUCCAGAGGCUGAUAAGAUCUUCCUGGAGAGGAACAUUAUGGUGAUUCCAGAUCUCUACUUGAACGCCGGAGGAGUGACAGUAUCCUACUUUGAGUGGCUGAAGAAUCUAAAUCACGUCAGCUAUGGCCGUUUGACCUUCAAAUAUGAAAGGGAUUCUAACUACCACUUGCUCAUGUCUGUUCAAGAAAGUUUGGAAAGAAAAUUUGGAAAGCAUGGUGGAACUAUUCCUGUUGUGCCCACGGCAGAGUUCCAAGACAGGAUAUCGGGGGCAUCCGAGAAAGACAUCGUGCACUCUGGCUUAGCUUACACUAUGGAGCGUUCUGCCAGGCAAAUCAUGCGCACGGCUAUGAAGUAUAACCUGGGGUUAGACCUGAGAACGGCUGCCUAUGUCAACGCCAUUGAGAAAGUCUUCAAAGUAUACAAUGAAGCCGGUGUGACCUUCACCUAGAUGGAGUGUGGCUGACCUCUUCACUGCCCUCUUCCCUCUUCAUCUGCAGGCCCUUCACAAGUUUACAUGUAACCACAGGAAUCUGUCUCUCUCUCUCUCUCUCUCUCGACUUUAUAGAUAAUGGACAUCAUUCUCAACAAGUCAGUCCAAAUCAGGCCCUUUGAGA